UCUAGUGCCGCACUUGAAGCAGUCAACUUCAGCAAUUACCUUAAGGCAACUCAGUCGUUGGCAUUUCAUUUUCACUUUAUACUAAACAUAAUACCUAUAAAGUCUUUCACGAGUGUCGUCGGCAGUCGAAGUGACGUCCACCUGGAGCGGUGGGUGUGUGCACCGUGUGUGCCUGUCAAUGCGGAGUGGAUAUGCGGCAAGCGGCGUGACGCGGCCUGCGCACGCAGCCUCGGCCCGUAGUUGCCAAUAACCCGCUAGAAGCCGUAGAGCGCGCGCCACUCGCUCCUGAACAAAAUAUCGACGCGUAAACCUACUACCACCCGAAUAACUCGUUUCGAAAACUGUGCCAUAGUUUUACAGUGCAACCGUUCACAAUAAAUCGUUGGAUUGUAUAAAAUUAUCGCUCUUCAUGAAAACAGUCGAUCAGUGCACUGCGUUAUCAGUUUAUCAGUGAACUGUUGAACACGUUUUUCACAUGUUAGAAGUAAUCGGAAUACGAUAGUGAGGAGGCAGGGAUGCAGGCGGCGGCGUGUAGCAGGGUGCUAGCUAGUGCGGCCAGGGUGGGAUAGCGAGCGGGCGACACUGCCACACAGCGCGCACGCCAGCAUGUGGGUGCGAGCGGCGCGCGCGAUACGGGCGCUGCGCAGGGCCGCGCUGCUGCUGCCGCUAGCACUGACAGCGCUGGUGCUGCUGCUGCUGCCGCGCCCGCCCUCGCUCGACCCCGCGCCGCGCAGCCCCUCCCCGCCCGUACCUCCACCUGCCCUCGACGCCAACAUUGAGAACUCGAUCACGGAGUCGGAGUUCGCAGCAGUUCAAGAUGACGGGACGGUUCAGCUGCCCUGGUUCAUGCGCGGAGGAGACAAACGGCCCACGCAGCACGAACCUAACGCUGCACUGUUCCCAGAAGAUGCACCUGGACAAGACAGAGUCGUUAACCAAUUAAUGUAUACGUUACCAAAAGACGAAGAUGUGCCUAUAAAGAAAAUCCUACUUGCAAACGGGUUCGGAGCAUGGGGCGUGUCGGGAGGGAGAACAGAGUUCAUUCGGAACAAAUGCCCAGUAGAUCGCUGCACGCUCUCUUCAGACGCACGAGAUGCCGCCACUGCUGAUGCCAUUCUCUACAAAGACCACCACACACCUUUCAACGUAAAACGUUCACCUAAACAGAUCUGGAUCCUUUAUUAUUUGGAGUGUCCUUACCACACGGCAUCAUUACGGCCGACAUCGGUGGAUGUGUUCAACUGGACGUCUACCUACCGACGGGAUUCCGACAUCGUCGCACCCUACGAACACUGGGUCUACUACGAUCCCCUCAUCAUCGAAAAAGAUCUUGACAGAAACUUUGCUGCUAAUAAAACUAAAAAGGUGGCGUGGUUCGUAUCGAACUGUCACGCUCGCAACCGGCGGCUACAAUACGCGCGUCAGCUCAGCAAAUACAUCCAGGUAGACAUCUACGGGGCUUGUGGAGCACACCACUGUCCUCGUACUGACCCCAACUGCCUCGAAAUGUUGGAUAAGGACUACAAGUUCUACCUCGCAUUCGAGAACUCAAACUGUCGUGAUUACGUCACUGAGAAAUUCUUUGUCAAUGGACUGCAACACAACGUACUGCCUAUAGUGAUGGGUGCUCGCGCAUCAGAGUAUGCAGCCUUAGCGCCUCACAACUCGUACGUCCAUGUGGAGGAGUUCGCUAGUCCUGAAGAACUCGCUGCCUAUCUGAGGCGUCUUGACGAAGACGAUAAUUUAUACAAUUCCUAUUUCAAGUGGAAAGGUACGGGAGAGUUCAUAAACACAUACUUCUUCUGUCGCGUGUGCGCCAUGGUACACGCGAACGAGCGGCGGCAGCGUAGUGCGCACUACUCGGACGUGCAGGCGUGGUGGCGCGACGGCGCCUGCACCCGCGCCGAGUGGCGCGCCGCCGGCGCCGCCAGCUCCGCACAACGCGACACCCGCGACAACGGCUAGCGACGCGCAAGUCGCGCCCGCCACCGCACCGCUCGUACGUUACUGCUGCGAGCCCGCCCCGUACGCGGCCGGGCUCGCCAACAUGACAGUCGCUGAGCCCGGGCGCCACCGACGCAUCAUCUUAUCCCAUCGUGUUACGAGUCGAGCCGACAUUUGUAAUCGCGUCCAUAUAGCAUAGCAUACAAUGGUAGUAGUGGUUCUGUUUAAGUCUUAGAUUGCCGGUGUUCGGUGUUCGAAUUUUCCCCCAAGAUAUUUUUGUAACAUGAACUAGUGAGGCGUGUAGUAACGCGGAUGAAAUUAGUAAAUUAAUUAAUAUAAAUAAAUUAAAUAAUAUUGGCGCCCAACAUGGUUCUAGCGUCCUGAAAGAGUUCUUGUGAAUGAGACCUGUCUCUACUGAUGACUUGAGAAUCAUAGUAGAAUCGCUUUUGCAUUUAGCAAACAAUAGCACAAAUCAUGUGUAUCAAUAUUUUUGAGUGUAUAAACAUUCCAUUGUAGUUUUAAUUUAUUUACCUAUUGUUAAAUGUUUUUAUUGACUUAAUAACGAAUUUUAUUAGAUUUAAGACAUG